AUGAUCCAUGUUGAGCAAGUUGCUCUAACUGAAAUGUCAAAUGAGUCAUUUUAUAUGGAUUCAUUCAGUUCUAAUCAUCAAAUUGAUCAAAAACUUCUGCAGAUUGCAAAUUUUGGAAGCUUAGACGAUUUGUAUCUUUACGUUGUUUCUCCACCAUUUCAAUCAUUUCGCAAUGAGAUUAUAAAUCUUAGUGAUAGUGCAUCUCAAGAUUCAGAUCUAAUCGAAUCCAACAAGAAAAGGCCUUGUGUUUUCCCUUUAGCGAAUAGCAGCCAAAAACUGUCAACUGAAACAAUAAUUCGGCUGGCAGCAGAAAAAUUCAUACAGUCGACUCUAAGUGGUUCUGAAUUACGCAUGCUUAGGCGUCCAUAUCCAAGUGCAUUUUUGGACAAAUCCAGUGAAGAUUCUAGAGCAGUUGAACUUGUGCAGACUAUGUUAUCUUGUGUGGAGAAGGUAAGCGAGAAGCAGUAUGGACGCGCGAGCAGGAUUCUGCUCCAUGAAUUGGAUUGCACGGCCAGAUUGUCUGAAGAAGUUGAUGGGAUUGAUCAGAGACCUCAAUCCUUGUGUUGUGAUUGUGUGAAGUUAAAACACCGUUUAAUCAAGGAGACUGGUAGACAUUUGAGUAGUUUUGCUCAAUCCUUAAACAUUCAGUUCUCGUUUAAUGCACUCCUGGUAUACGAUAUCCUAGAUCUAAACGAAGAGCUCUUUGAUUUGGAUUAG